CACAAUUUCUUUUUUACAGAUUUUAUCUUAUCCCAAAAUAUGUUUCUUUUUUUAACAACUUCUCAAUUUUCUUUUGCAGCAUCUCACCAUGGCUUCAUUUGUUGCACUGUUACUGAGUUUACCUGUUGCACUGACAUGCGCGCCACAAAAAGCAGACUAUGUUGUAGUCUCCUGUUUUCCUAACGCCAUCAUCGCCAAUGUGCCAGAGUGUCCUUAUGGCUGGGAGAUAGACCAGCUGUCCCUGGGUGGAGUGUGUUACACUGGAAUACACAGCCCAGGGUACUACCGCUUCAUUAUACCAGAUCUAACACCGAGAAACCAUUCGUACUGUGGCACACAAUCUGAGUAUAUGCCAGGCAAAGAUGCCAAGUACGUCUUCUACAACUCCAUCGUAUCCAACGAUACUUCGCUGACAGUCAGAAACCAGCCAGUCAACUACACCUUCAGCUGUGUGUACCGAGCAGCCUACCUGGUAAAUAAUGCAGUCUUUAGUCAGAGAGUUGCUACAGUUUAUGUCAACAAUGGGAGUUUAGGAACUUUUAGAUCACAGUUGUCUAUGAACGUGUUCACGAACUCUAAGUUCCUGUAUGCUAAGGACGCUCCCUACGUGAUUGACACCUCUGAGAUUGGCUCUGAAGUUUUUAUUGGUAUUGAAGCAAAAGGUCUAAGUAAUAGGUUCAAAGUUGUUAUCAACAACUGCUGGGCGACUCCAACUCCUUACUCAACAGACAGAAAGAGGUGGAGUCUUAUUAUCAACAGCUGUCCUGCUGACUACACGGUGACCAUUUUCGAUAAUGCCAAAGACAGCCGCUCCACGUUUAAGUUCAACUCUUUCCGCUUCCAGCGACUGGAGAAGGUGUCCACUGUGUGGCUUCACUGUGAGGUCCACAUCUGUGAUGCAGAGAGGCUGGUCUGUCAGCCUAGUCCAUGCUCUAAGAGGUCCCUGUCAUCAGAAAUAGAACCGAGUGGAGGGAUCCUCACCACUGAGUUUCAGGUUAAAGCCAGUGAGUCUUCUAAUAAUGGGCACACAACAGGGACCUCUUUUCUCAUCCCACUUAUGGUCACGGUGAACAUUUUCUUCGAUUUAGUAAAUGCAUCGAAAAUAUAAAACAAUAAAUAUCUGUUGAGUAUACAAAUCACCAUCAUAUGUUCAAUCACAAAGCGAAGUGUCACCCCAAGACUCAGGGAGCGUAUGAAUACAUUCCCCAGUUAAAGGACUGAUUUGCAUUUAGUAUAUCUAGAAAGGCUUAAAAAAACAUAAGUGUACUUUUAUUUCCAAUAAAGAUAAUUGAAAAUG